AUGGGCGUUAUUGGUAUCGGCCUCAUCGUUGCCUCUGUUGUCUGGGUGCUUGUUCGUCCGCCGUCAUGGAUGCCAGAGCCGCUGCAGAUCCUCCUCCGCUGGAGGGGGACAGGUCCUCCUGCUAUUGUAGCUAAGGACGCGGCUGAGACUGAAGCUGAUGAUGCUGAUCCUGGACCCUGUAUCAUGGUGUCGGAUCACGAGGUGGAACCGGGCCCUCGACUCCGGGCACGUCCGGCCGAUAACCGUACCACACGAGACGACGACCAGCGUCGAGACCAGGGAAAGGCUAUCGCUACAGCGAUCGAUAUACCAACCUCCUCGUCGAUGAUAGACAGGAAAGACGCCGCUUCUAUGCCGCCGCCUCCUUUACCAAAGGUUGCAUCCCCACCUCCAACCAUCGCCGAACCCGAAGAACAAACAACUCCCAAGGCUGUCGCAUCCGAUCCUCCCUCUAUUUCCGUCCCCAGCUUCAAUCUCGACAAUGCUCCUAUUGCGCCGAGUUCACACCCCGCCCCGCGUCGGAACCCCACAGCCCCGGGCCCCGCUCUCUCCCCGGAUCCAACCUCCAUGAUGCCGCCUCCAGCUCCGGGCCGUCUUCCUCCUCCCAAGUUCUCGGCUGCCCCACCUGCUGGUCGCAUGCCAUCACUCUCUCAGUUCCCCGCCGUGAACUCACCACAACGCGCUCGUGGCCCUGUACCAAACCGAGGUCCUCCAUCGUCAGGUGGCCUGGCACCUCCACCUACACACUCAUCUAAACCCAGCAAGCCCAAUCGCAAGGUCCUCCUCACGCCAGGCCACUCUCCUCUCGACUGGGCUCGCAUAUCUGGACCUAACGCCGACCUCCGCGGUGUCGAACCUCAAACGCCAUACCUGCGCGUGACUCCAUCCAUGCUGAAGCGCAUGACAGGUCGCAAGGGCAAAGAUGCUUGGAUGGCUCUGAACGGCAAGGUAUACAAUGUUACACCCUAUGCCGACUUUCAUCCUGGCGGUGUUCCCGAGUUGAUGCGUGGGGCUGGGCGUGACGGGACCAAGCUGUUUGGCGAGAUUCACCCUUGGGUGAACUACGAGACUAUGCUAUCAGCCUGUCUCGUAGGCCUUCUUGUGGAGGAGUCUGAAGGCACCGAGAGUCAGAUGGACCAGAUGGAUUAG